AUCAAAUGCUUCGGUGAGAGCUUCCUGCCCUUUUCUUCAAGCAUACGUUCCUGUUGAGCGAUGCGAUUGGCUAUUCUCCACGGGACUCCACGGACUCAUGGACAGCUCGUUGGGAGUCGCGUGCUCCCCUUCCUACUGUUCAAGCGCGACGGGGUCUCAGGCCGCCGUAACUCUGCCGUUGGUAGGGGGUACGGAUAUCUACUUGAUCUGUCAUCUUCCUGUGUCGGGCACCGGUUACUCUCCGUACUCCUUUCCGUACCCUAUCCAUCUACCUUAUCCAAGUGGGGAGGGUGUCAAUCCCCACUGAAUCCUCCCUCCCGGGCGUGCGGCCGGCCCACGAUUUGGCAUUGGAGACGAAUACAUAUCGCAUGUGCUACAUGGCGAGCGAGGAGACUGGACCUACCCACCUUCGUAGACCCUGACGAUCGGGAAUCGGAACCUAGGUGGUCUGUCUCCGUCCUUGGUCUCAUCCUUUCUCUCUUUGUUCUCUCCUCUCCUUUCCUCUACCCUCGUCUUCCUUUCCUCUCUUGUUGUCGUAUUUUCCCUCCGUGUACCAUGCCCGGCUUAUCAUCAUAAUUUGCAUGUCUAUCUGAGAUUCUUUUUGAUCCUUCUGGUGUGACAGGCAUCGUGAUCGUACCGUCGUCUUACUCCGACGCUUUAUAUCCUAAGGCGUUUGACGGGGGAUCAACUGGACAGCGCCUGUUGGGGUUCGUUUUGUCCGGGCAGCGUUU